AUGAAUCCAUCUGUGGACUUCAGUGCGUUCGGCCUGAGUAUGGUCAUUGUGGCUGACCUCAACGCGUCGAUCGGUGACUGUUGCCUGAAGAACGGAGCAGAACGUUUCGGCUUCGGCUUUGGAUGGAAGAAAGACGAGAUGGGAGGCUUCUUGAUCUCCCAAUAUUAUUUCUCCUCUCCGCGCCUUAUCCUUACCGAGGAUGUAACCAGCCGGCAGAGCGCCAAAGAUAGGCACAGGAGAAGGAUGAUGGCUGUAAUAGCACAAUGUGGAUGGGCUGUCCCUGAACGUCAAAAGGAAGAGACGCAAAUCUGUGGUCUCUUGUAUCUGGCGAGGAGUCUUACCAACCAGCAGAGAAAGUCACCUGUCGAUGGUACAGGGACCGAAGCAGAACCAGAAUUAGAGGGUAUGUGGUGUGUCGCGAGGUCCUCCAUAAGAUCUUCCAGCUCUUUGAUGGCUUCUUCCGACCGCGCAUCACCGCUAUGUGGCAAGGAUCCCACCGUCCGAGAGAUAAGCGGUGAUCUCUAG